AUGCUUUGGCUUGCUGUUUUGAGUAGAAUUCAGCUUAACAUUGGCCAUUUUAAAUGCCGUGUUAUCACUAUUGAAAAUUUACUUUUCGAUGCCACGGGACAUGUGAAGUUAUGUGAUUUUGGAAGUGCAACAACAGAUUCGGUGACGCCGAAUGAAAACUGGUCUGCUUUGCAACGAACUCAGCUGGAAGAUGAGGUCUUGAAAUGUGCAAAAUUCAAGUCUCAAUCAGUCAUUUCCAAUUACUGAUU